GAAAUCCACUGCAAAUAAGAUUUUUUCUACCAAAGCCUAUUUAAUAGCAGAAAAAAGCUUUUAUAUAUUUUGAAAAAUAAUAUGGUGUUCCAAAAAUUUAGCAGUCGCAAAGAACCAAUCAAAGAAAUAGGAUGUUGUACCUGUUACUAGCCUUCGUAGUCACUCUAAUCCUGCUGCUUUUAAUACUCACAAAUAAUAAAUCUCAUAGAAGAAAACGUGCCGCAUUAGUUAAAUUACCAGGUCCUAAUGCAUAUCCCAUCAUCGGUUCGAUACAUAUAAUACACCAAGUUAACCUGACAAAUGUCUUUGAAAAAAUGACUGAAUUUUUCACCACAUAUGGUCCGGUACUUCGCAUGGUGGCCCUUCAUCGUUAUGCGGUAAUUAGCAUGGAUACCGAAUUGAAUGAACAACUAUUGGCCAGCAGUGUACACAUAACGAAACAUAAAACUUAUGAUAUACUCCACCAAUGGUUGGGCGUAGGCCUGCUCAUGAGUACGGGCAAAAAAUGGCAUUCACGUCGUAAAAUUAUAACGCCAACAUUUCAUUUUAAAAUAUUGGAAGAAUUCUUAGAAAUUUUUGAUCGUCAGGCAUCUGUUGCAUUGCAUUUCUUGGCGAAGAGGGCAGAUGGACGAACGGCAUUUGAUGCAUAUCCAUAUGUUUCUAUGUUGACAUUGGAUAUUAUUGCCGAAUCGGCAAUGGGUACAAAAGUUAAUGCACAAACGGACAAGAGUAUACCCUACACCCAGGCGGUUAAAGAAAUGACAGCAAUGAUGGCCUGGCGUUUUCUUCGCGUACACAUUCAAAACGAAAUAACGUUCAGUCUAUUUUGCCCUUUGAAAAAGCUAAGACAAAUGAAACUGAUAAGUAUUAUGCACAAAUUUACACGCAAUGUCAUUGAGAAACGACGUCAAGAGCUGGAAAGCAAGGAGGAGACAAAUGAAGAAUCUGAUAUUGGUAGUAAGAAACGAAUGGCCCUAUUGGAUCUGCUGCUGCAAGCAACAAUCAAUGGUAAGCCGUUGAGUGAUGAAGAUAUACGUGAAGAAGUCGAUACAUUUAUGUUUGAGGGUCAUGAUACCACAACAUCGGCUCUGAGUUUUACACUACAUUUGCUGGCACGUCAUCCGCAGAUUCAAAAUAAAUUACUAGCUGAAAUUCGGCGAGUAUAUCCGGAUGAAGAGGAGAAUAAAUUUACUCUCAUGAAUUUGAAUGAACUGAAAUGUAUGGAAUGUGUCAUCAAGGAGGUGUUAAGGUUAUAUCCCUCCGUGCCGAUAAUAGCAAGAGAAAUUGUAGAGGAUUUUAAAUAUGAACAUUCCAAAUUGGGCAGCGGUGUCAUACCAGCUGGUACCGAAUUUAUGUUAUCCCUGUAUGGCAUGAUGCGCGAUGGUACACGUUUCGAAGAUCCCUUGGAAUUUCGUCCGGAGCGUCAUGAACAACAUGAUGCUGGUACUAAUUUCGCAUUUGUUCCCUUUAGUGCCGGCCCUCGUAAUUGUGUUGGCCAGAAAUUUGCCAUGUACGAAAUGAAAGUGAUUUUGGUGAACAUUUUAAAACGUUUCGAACUCUUACCGCUGGGUGAUAAAGUGGCUCCGAUUUUGAAUAUUGUUAUGCGUUCAGAGACUGGCAUGCAGUUGGGACUGAAGGAAAGAAUGUAGUAAUAUUUGUGAUAUUAAAGGCAGUAUGCAAUGAAAUAAUUGCCUUA